AUGUCUGUCGAGGGUCUUCUCUCCGAGGUUCAACGCUUCAACGCCCACACUUUGGACGUCGCUCUCGGUGAGCAACUCUUCUUCGGAGGAAAGCGCGUUUUCUCUGAUGUUAAGCCAGGAACAUCAUCCGGGGGUGAACAUCACGGAGCAAAGGCUUGCGGUAAGAAUGAGCUCAAGGGAGCCGUCGACCACGCCAAGCGCACCUGCGACAAAGCCCUCGGAGGACAAAAAGGGGGAGAAGGAAGCGCCGACGUCGCCAAAAUCUUGAAGGAGCAGACCGCUCUCGUCAAGAAGGUCGAUGAGCUCGCCAGUCUCGUUGCCAAGCUUCAACUCGAGCUCGCUUCCCUUCGUGAAGGACAGGUAAUAACUAAUCGCCACGUGCUGAUUCUUGGUGAUGGCAAUCUGUCGUUUUCCCUUGCGAUUGCCUCAUCUGACCCGGAAACUAUCUACUUUGCGACAGUUUUUGAUUCUAGAGAAGAGUUUAUCAGAAAAUAUCGUGCGGAAGACACUUUGAGAGAUCUCGAAGCACUGAGAAAUGUUGUGUUGGUGUUUGGAGUUGAUGCAACAGAUUUACCGGCUCAUUGGAAAGAUAAAUUUGAUACAAUAAUCAUGAACUUCCCACAUCCUGGUGGCAAAACGAACUUGAAGAAAAGCAAGAUUCUCCUCUCCGGAAUUUUCAAAUCUCUCCAGAAAAUUAUGGACAAUGAUUCACAAUUUCUGCUGAGCCUCGCCAUUGGGCAAUCUGGAAUCGAAAAAGUGGAGAAUCCGUUGAUGAAAGAGCUUCCAAAACACAAAAAAGAUUCCUGGCAGGCAAUCUAUUUUGGCGCUGAGCAAGGAUUCAUAAUAGACAGUGUAGAGAUUUUCGAUACAGAACGGUUUCGAUCCUACAAGUCGUCUGGCUAUAAGGAUACAAUGAAGGGGUUCAAUAAUCGUGAAGGAUUGACGUUGGCCUUCAAGAAAUGUGAUAAUCAAGGAAAGAAGUUGGAAGAGUUUCGGAGAGAUGAAGUGAAGGCUCAGGAGGGUGUCUUCCAUUACUACCGGCCGUAUUAUUCUCAAGAUUUGUCGUUUUUGUACAAAAUCAAUGAGACCGAGGGCGAGGUUUUGGCUCUGAAACUUUUGAAGGCGUUGGCUGGAAACUGUUUGGCAGAGGUCACUGAAAUCAAAUCCCUCCGAUCAAUUUGCCCAGAUCCGGAACUUCCGAAUAGAAUUUAUAGAAUCGUUUGGCAAGGAGUGAAGUUUCCGAUGGGUCGUAUAAUGUGUGGAAGGAUUCAUGAAGAACUGCGAUACCAGAUUGCUCAGAAGAUUGUUGAAGAUAAUCUUCCACUUACUACCGCUGCUCCAGUUGCUAAAGCCGCCGCUCCAGCCAAGGAAGAAACUGCCGGAGACGACGACUUUGAUCUCUUUGGAUCAGAAGAUGAGGAGGAGGACGAGGCUAAGAAGAAGAUCGUCGAGGAGCGUCUUGCCGCCUACGCUGAGAAGAAGUCCAAGAAGGCUGGACCAAUUGCCAAGUCAUCUGUCAUCCUCGACGUGAAGCCAUGGGACGAUGAGACCGAUCUCGCAGAAAUGGAGAAGUUGGUCAGAAGUAUCGAAAUGGACGGACUUGUCUGGGGAGGUGGAAAGCUCCUUCCAAUCGGAUACGGAAUCAAGAAACUCCAGAUCAUCACUGUCAUCGAGGACUUGAAGGUUUCCGUUGACGACCUCAUCGAGAAGAUUCAAGGAGACUUCGAGGAUCAUGUCCAAUCCGUCGAUAUUGUUGCCUUCAACAAGAUCUAA